AUGCGGAAGGAUGUACGAGAAGUAGAAAGAGGGAAACGUGCUUGUGGUGAAUGCGAGGAUUUCAUGAGGUCAGAUGGGGCAACUUGUGGCUAUUGUUGCUGUUUCCCGACUCGCCAUUCUAAAAAGGAUGCCCGCUACUCCUCUGACUCUGUUGGCGGCACAUCGGCUGCGGGAACAAGUGAAAGCGCAAGUCCAGAGAAGUGGAAAGAUGAAGACCUAGGGUGGUUCCCGAACCCAGGACGAAUAUACUGAAUUCUCAAAUAGUAUUCUGCCAAAAUUCUACCUGUCCUUUUGGACCACUUGUCCCUACAAGGAACGCUUUCGCCACUGUUUCGUGACUGAAAGAAAGCGCCAGUGGGAAGUUCGCGAGGCUUUGAAAGCAAUAAAU